AUGUCCACCCUUUUUUCCAGUGUGAUCCAUUCUCAAACACAAACAGUUCUGACAACACCGCUAUUGACUAUUAAUGAGGGUCCAUUCUCGAUAUCUAACCGCCCAAUUGCUGGUAUGGUGCAGAGCUACACCCAUUUCCAGCCUGAAGUAGAGGAAAAAUCCUUGCUGGAAAAGUUAGCUGGGCCUUUGAAGACUACGAAAAAUCAAUUUACCGACAAGGAAAACCUGGAGUCUAAGUUUGUUGAAAUUUUUGAUGGCCUUCUUGAAAAGGAUACAGUGUCUAAUAUUGAGUCAGAUGAGGAGGAAGAGUAUACGACUUAUUCUUCAAGAAAGAGACAGCCCUUGGCGCUUUUGGAUCCCACCCUGGAUGUUGUGCGUAGUCAACGCGAAAUACGAAUGCAGACGAUGCACCGGGAUGAUGCACGCAAUACUCUUCUUAAUAAACCCACUCACCCACAAAUUCAGACCUUACCCAACUAA